AGUGGCGAGGAAGUGGGGGCGCUGAGCGAGAGGAAGGCUGAAGGGAGCUAGGAAAAGGGCGCUGAUCUCUGCAGCCUGAGAGGGCUUUUGUCCCCAGGGGGAAGGCGAGAAGAGAUGGGGUCCCGAGGGCAGGACUCACACAGCAAGGAAACGAGGCGCAUGCCUCUCAUUUCAAGCCCGCAGAGAGCGGGGAGCGGAGCCACUGGAGGACCGGCUGCUCGGGUUUAUUCGGUAGCCGAGGGGGUUAAACAGUUUAGGGCUGGACCAGCCGGGACUGGAGCAGGGUGCAGCCUCCAGGGUUGCUGGGCAGCACCGAGACCCUUUGAGCACCGAACGAAUAAACUACGGGAGCUUUCCGCACUUGCAUAUUGUUCCCGCGAGUUGCAGGCGCAGGUUCCUGAUGCUAGCGUUCAUUCCUUGGCAAUCACCCGCAGUGAACUGCGCAGUUGCCGUGACCUUCAGGAUGAAUGCUUGGAUUCCAGGUUUGCUGAGGGCCCCAGAAGGCUCCUUCCACCGUAUCAUAGUCUAAUAAAUAAUUUUGUCAAGCCAGAGAAGCUAACAAAGGUGGAGACAAUCCUUAAAAAAAAGAUAGUGGCGGAAAUGACGGAUCUGAACAAGCAUAUAAAACAAGCUCAAAUCCAGCGGGAACAGCUACUGGAUGAAUACAGGGAGCUAUACCAAGAAAAGUUACUUGUCCAGGCUGAAAACAGGUUCUUUCUGGAAUACCUGACUAACAAAACUGAAGAGUACACAAAGCAACCUGAGAAGGUAUGGAACAGCUAUUUACAAAAAAGUGGAGAGAUUGAACGAAGAAGACAAGAAUCAGCCUCCAGAUAUGCAGAACAAAUUUCAGGGCUUAAAACAGCGCUCUUGCAAAAGGAAAAUAUCCAAUCCAGUUUGAAGCGGAAGUUGCAGGCAAUGAGGGACAUUGCUAUAUUAAAGGAAAAGCAGGAGAAAGAAAUACAGACAUUACAGGAGGAGAAAAAGAAAGUCCAAGCUGAGACAGCUGCAAAGACACGUGAAGUACAGGCACAGCUCCUCCAGGAGAAAAGAUUACUGGAGAAACAACUGAGCGAGCCAGACAGGAAGCUACUGGGAAAGAGAAAAAGAAGCGAGCUUAAUAAGAAAGCCCAGGCCUUGAAGUUGGCAGCAAAGCGGUCUAUUUUUGAAUACUCCUGUGGCCUCAAGAGAGACAACCAGCAGUUCAAGAAGGAAUUACUGCAGCUAAUUGAGCAAGCCCAGAAACUAACGGCUACUCAAAGCCACUUAGAAAAUAGGAAGCAGCAGCUGCAGCAGGAACAGUGGUAUCUGGAGUCCUUAAUCCGGGGGAGGCAGAGACUGCAAGGAAGUCAUAAUCAGUGCCUAAAUAGACAGGAUGUUCCAGAGACCACACCCAGUCUUCCCCAAGGCACCAAAUCAAGGAUUAAUCCAAAGUAACUCCUCCUAAAAUAACACUGAUUAGAUAACUGGA